AUUACAGUUGAAAAGAGGAGGGGGAGAGAGAAAGAGAAAGCUGAGGAUGCAGGCUUGGUCCAUAACACAACCUCUGCACUCGAAGCAUAUCAGGAGCAGCUAAACCUCGGUGAAUACGGCGCAACUUGGAGCGGUCUCAUCAGCUGACGACGGGGAGAUGCGUCCGCAAAAGCUUUGAUUCGACCCCCACCCCCUCCCAUCUCUACCGAGGAGCAUCCCGCACACUGAAUUCACUCCUACGGGCAGGCAGACAGGAGAGCGGACACAAGCCAGACACGAUGCGCGGAUCUCCCCAACAUGGGACAGCCGUGGGAUUUAUAAUGUUGCUGAACGCGCUGCUUCUUGCGACGCAGGCUGCAGAAGAAGGAGUCUUUACAGACCAUCUGCUGGUUCAGUUGCAUGAAGGCGCACAGGGUGAAGCGCACCAACUUGCAACACAACAUGGGUUCCAGAGUGCCCGAAAGCUUCCUUUUGGAGAGGGGCUUUUUCAUUUCUAUCCGCAGGACACCUCAAAGAGUCGGAGCAAACGCAGCACCCGCCACAGACAACACCUCCAAAAAGACCACAGGGUGAAGAAUGUCUUUGAACAAGAGGGCUUCAGCCGACAGAAACGAGGCUACAGAAAUAUCAAUGAUAUUGAAGUCAACAUGAGUGACCCCCUGUUCACCAAACAGUGGUAUCUGAUAAACACAGGCCAGGCGGACGGGACCCCCGGGCUGGACCUUAAUGUGGCAGAGGCUUGGCAGCUGGGCUACACAGGCAAAGGAGUGACCAUCGCAAUUAUGGACGAUGGCAUUGACUAUCUACAUCCGGAUCUGGCAUCCAAUUACAACGCCGAUGCCAGCUACGACUUCAGCAGCAAUGACCCGUUCCCCUUCCCGCGCUACACGGAUGACUGGUUCAACAGUCAUGGCACAAGGUGUGCUGGAGAGGUCUCUGCAGCAGCCAACAACAACAUCUGCGGUGUGGGAGUUGCCUACAACUCCAAGGUGGCAGGUAUCAGGAUGCUAGACCAGCCCUUCAUGACUGACAUAAUUGAAGCAUCAUCCAUCAGCCACAUGCCACAGGUUAUUGACAUCUACAGCGCCAGCUGGGGACCCACUGAUGACGGCAAGACAGUGGAUGGACCCCGAGAGCUCACACUGCAGGCGAUGGCUGAUGGAGUCAACAAGGGGCGCGGAGGAAAAGGCAGCAUCUAUGUGUGGGCAUCAGGAGAUGGUGGUAGCUAUGACGACUGUAACUGUGAUGGUUACGCCUCAAGCAUGUGGACAAUCUCCAUCAACUCAGCCAUCAAUGAUGGACGCACCGCCCUCUAUGAUGAGAGCUGCUCCUCCACCCUGGCAUCCACGUUCAGCAACGGACGCAAGAGGAACCCAGAGGCUGGAGUGGCCACCACUGACUUGUAUGGGAAUUGCACCCUGCGGCACUCGGGAACGUCAGCAGCUGCUCCGGAGGCAGCUGGUGUCUUCGCCCUGGCUCUUGAGGCUAACCCGAACCUGACGUGGAGGGACAUGCAGCACCUGUCGGUCCUGACCUCCAAGAGAAACCAGCUCCACGACGAGGUGCACCAGUGGCGAAGGAAUGGCGUGGGCCUGGAGUUCAACCAUCUGUUUGGCUAUGGUGUGCUGGACGCUGGGGGCAUGGUGAAGAUGGCCAAGGAGUGGAAAACGGUCCCUGAGCGCUUCCACUGUGUGGCCGGCUCUGUCCAGGAGACCCAUAAGAUCCAGUCAGGCAACAAGCUGGUGCUGGCCAUCACCACAGAUGCCUGCCAGGGGAAGGACAACUUUGUCCGCUACCUGGAGCACGUUCAGGCGGUGGUCACUGUCAAUGCCAGCCGCCGGGGCGACCUCAACAUCAAUAUGACCUCACCCAUGGGCACCAAGUCCAUCCUACUGAGCCGCAGGCCCCGUGAUGACGACUCGAAGGUGGGCUUCGACAAGUGGCCCUUCAUGACCACCCACACCUGGGGUGAGGAUCCCCGUGGCACCUGGGUCUUGGAGGUAGGCUUCCAGGGCGAGGAGCCACAGCGUGGAGUCCUGAAGGAGUGGACCCUCAUGCUGCACGGAACACAAAGUGCCCCUUAUAUAGACCAGAUAGUGCGCGACUACCAGUCCAAACUGGCCAUGUCCAAAAAGGAGGAGCUGGAGGAGGAGUUGGAUGAGGCAGUGGAAAGAAGUCUGAAGAGCUUGAUGAGUAAAAACAACUAAACACCAUCUGCAUGUUGCUGACUCUUUUGCUCUCUUCCUCUUUAUCUUUCUCCCUCUCUGCAAUUUUGCGCUAGACUUCCUCAAUUCUUUCCUCCUCUCUCUCCCUCUCUCUUCUCUUAUCUUCCCUAUUGUCUACCUCUUUCCCUUGAUUCUUUACUCUGCCUUUUGUUAUGAAGUGUUUGAAUUAGCCCCCCCACCACCACCUAAAAUGAAUGUUUCUUGUAAUCCAAUCAUGAUAAAAAGUGUAACCUUCAAAUAAUCUGUUAAACAUAGAGAAAACAAAUCUAUAAUGCCUGGAUUUCUGUCUGUUUUUAUACACUCUGCGGAAUUGUACAUAAACAGAAUAUAAUCCACUCUUUCAUGUUCUUGCUUUAACUGACCUGCACCUCUCUUCUGCCAACUGUUGUACAGUUUGUGACUGUAAAUGAUUUUCUGUGUCAUUCUACUUAAAGUUUAAUAUCUUGCAAACAGAGCAGUGAUACUUCUUUUUGUUUAUAUUUUUGUGACAUGCACCGUUUAUAUAAACAAAAGAAAGGAAUGUGUGAUUCAUUUUGCAACCUGUGGUCCUUAGUUCAUAUUUCAUAAUCUUUGAUGUAUACUACAAUAAAUCUGUUCAGCUGUUUGUUAAA